AUGGACGUUCCUUCGUCAUCGAAUUCCUCACCAAAUGAUGGAGAUGGUGCUCCAACUCAUUUUCUAGUGGAGCUCGUCACUCUGGACCAUCUGAUGAUGACGUCGAGUGUCUCCAAAAGGUCGAAGUUGACGUGCAUCGCUGUGUCUCCCCAAUUCCUGAUUGUUGGUACUUCGACCGGUGGUGUGUCUGUCUAUGGUCGGUAUUCCUCAUCUCGAAAACGUCUUAAUGCUCCCAGUGGACCACUGCAUUUCAUUAACACUAAAGAUGGUCCCGUGAGCGCGAUGUGCGUCGCUCCGAAAGAAGGUCUCAUCGCGGUUGGUAAUGACAGUGGACGGAUUCAUGCAAUAGAAUUCUCCACAUCCCCAUCACCUGUGAAACAUCUGUUAACCAGAGACACGAGAAGAUUGAAAAAAGUGACUAGUUUGAUAUGGUCUACAGAUUCUAAACGACUAUAUUCUGGCCACGAAAAUGGUGCUGUUGUGGUCCAUUACCUAGAUGCGAAGUAUCUUUUUCGCUCUUCCUAUGCCAUUGUGGCUACGCUAGAUGAGGGACAAAUCGUUCAGCUGGACGUGAGCGGGUCAAUUGUUUUAGUCUCCACUCAGUGUGCUUCGUAUAUUUGCAGAGUUGAUGAUAAAACCGUCGUCCAAAUAGGAAAAAAGCCACGUAAUGUUCCUAUGGGUGCGUGUUUCAUCUCUCCUGUACACGAAGAUUUGUCUACUGCACAACGUGACGUCUUUAUUAUGACAGCGCGGCCCAACGGACGUGUGUGGGAGGCAAAUACUGCUGGAGUUGUCUACAGAACUCACCAACUUCGAGAGAGCGUCAUGUUUUCGCGCUCUCCUGUCAUUUCUACCCGUUACAAUUACUCGUCUUUCCGGAAGAAGCUCGAGGGUGGUCCUACUGGAGUGAGCGAUGCAAUUACCCUCAGUGUCUUACAGCAUAUCAUUAUCGACGGAGUAUCCUUUGUUCUUUCCGUUUCUGGAUCUUGCCUGAUAGUCUUUGAUGUGGAGCAAUCAAAACUGGUCUUAGUUAGUGACUUAGAGGAAGAGAUAUGCGGUUGUUGCGUUUGCGGUGCCGACAUUUUCGUUCUCCUGCGAGGUAUUGCGAUNUUUCUGCAGUCUGCUCAAUUUAUGCUACACUACAAGUGUUGCAAAUGGCCACCUGAUCUAAUAAGGACAGCCUUAGAUGCGCUUGGACAAUCAACGAAGAAGGUGGAAUUGGAUUCUCUGAAGAGUGAAUUGUGCGAACUUCUCGAAAGGGGGAGUCACCAUCCUUCGAGGGAAACUCACGAUAGCGCAGCCGCCACAUCAUGCUCUACAGGAAACCACGAAGUCGAAGGCGGUGAAAUUAAAGAAACUGCUCAAGCUGCAAAGCUUCCGUCACGAUCAAGAAGAGUUCGUGCCCGAAGUAGCAGCUAUGACACUGCGAAUGCUGCUGGGGGCACGGCUCGAAAACGUGCUUCAUUCCCGCAAUGCGCCGAAGAUGCGCGACGUAGUAUGUUGCGUUGUGGUUUCAAUCAACUUAGGGAUGAGCCGUAUGAGGCUAAAAGAGUGUUGGUGAGUGACGUCUUGAGUGUUUCCCCUUAUUGGUUAGUCACUUUUAAAGAAGUUUCUUGA